AUGCUGCAAUCCACCGUCGAGAAGCUCAACCUAUCAACCAAUUCAACCAGCGCCAAAUACCAGGCGCAGCCUCCCGAAAAAUUCACCCCGAUGGUCUUAAUGUUCAAAAAUAUUACACCAGUUGAUCUAGUAACGAACGAGUUUGAACGUCUAAAAAGUAAAUCUUACCAUCCGCCAAGGCUUGGGAUGCCCGACGAAACCAAUAUCAAUCAAGCUCCCUCAGAUAUCUCUACUGACAGAAAAGUCUCCGACGCCUUUUGCGAAAGCUACGCACUGCUGACGGUCCUGGCGGAGGUGUCACAAGCGACGAUUUGA